AUGAGACCUACGAUUCGCAUUCCAUUUACAAGCCCGUUUCCACCGGCUAUAAUAGCCCCCAAAUCAGCUCAGUCGGCGGAAGGGGCUAUCGAUGCCGUUAUCAACUUCCUCACAGCUCGAGCUCCUCAGAAACUAGAAGGGGCCAAUCUUCACAAGACUGUCGUACUGACCGGUGCAGGGGUCUCCGUUGCAUCUGGAUUGUCUGACUAUCGGGGUGAAGAUGGAGUCUAUCGGAAAAAUCAGCAAUACCGGCCAAUAUACUACCAUGAAUUCGCAAGCAAACAUAUAUCCCGCCAGCGAUAUUGGUCGCGGAGUUUCGUUGGAUGGCCAGGUUUCCAAAAUGCAAAGCCCAACUCAAUACACAGAGUCAUCAAGGCCCUACAUGACAAGGGUUAUAUCAGCUCUAUAGUGACACAAAAUGUCGAUUCUUUUCACUCCAAUCUCGAAAUCCCCGUUGUCGAACUCCAUGGAUACCUUCGAGAAGUUGUCUGUAUCCAUUGUCGCAAGCAUAUUUUGCGUGAUUGGUUUCAGUCCCAGCUGAAAGAAUUGAAUCCAGAUUGGGCCCGUUUCCUAAAGCGCAUGAUCGAAGCCGGUGCACUAGAUGCGAGAAAUACAGACAAGCAGAUUCAACUGGGACUCAAAUUGAAUCCCGAUGGUGACGUUGACCUUCCGGGGGCACCAUAUGGCACAUUUCGUUAUCCGGCCUGUCCGACAUGCUUGAAUAGCCCUCCUACAUUGAAAGAUGGAACGACAGCCCAUGUAGAGGUGGACGACGAUGGCGCAUGGAUGCCAACUUCCAACGCUGGUAUCUUGAAGCCAGCAGUAAUCAUGUUCGGCGAGAGUAUCGAUCCACUCACUAAACAGAGGGCAGAAGAAGCAAUUGACGGUGCUGGGCGUUUGCUGAUUCUGGGUAGUAGUCUCGCGACCCUAUCAGCGUGGCGCCUAGUGGAACGUGCACAUCAGCGAGGCAUGGCUAUCGGGGUGAUUAAUGUUGGUGGUAUAAGAAACGAGAAAACUAUCUUUGGAUCGAAAGAUGAAACAUCUCAUGUUCGCAUAAAUCAGCCUCUAGAACAGAUUCUCCCGACCGUAUGCGACAGGCUCCAAUGA